CAGCAGCGAUCGGCUACAAUACCUGCAACACUGGUCUCAUUAGUUUGUCUAACGAGAUAGUUUCUGGUGUAGGAGUUUAGUGCAGCCAAGUUGCGGAGGAGCCCCAUGUCGUGAUCGAGGCUUGGAGAGUUUAAGAUUCAAACUGUUUCUUCGGGCCGUACAACGGCGACGACGACCAUGCCAAUAGAUAUUAAACUACUUCGAAAUGAUCCCAGUUCCCAAAGCUCGCUCCGGUUGUCACUCUACCAGAGACAGCAACCACCAGAGUUUCUCGACCAUGUCCUCCACUUGGAUAAAGUGACGAGGGAAGCGCACAUCGACCUUACCAUGUACAAAUCACGGGUCAAGAGGAAAGAGGUAGCGCUGAAUAAAGAUCAACUUGCUCACUUGUUGAUGGCUCAUAAAAAAUCCUUGGACGGUCUGAAAAGGGCCCUGCAACGGCUAGCCAAUUUUGUUGAUGAGGUUUUGCUUCAAGAGUUUCAAAAAACGGUACCGAACCACCCCACUCAGCCGAGAGAUAUUCCCCGAGAUCCGUUUUAUUGCGUGAUGGGAUACAACGACUGGAAGACACACGCUGUUCUCACUAGGCUGGGGCUUGAUGUCGCUGGUGAAUUGCAGCGGUAUAUACUAAGCUCACUCAACUCGACUCUACGUUCGGAGACGGUCUUCGAGCUACCUGACUCAUUUGCCGUGUCUCAAGAUCGUCAUCGUGAUGUCUAUGGAUAUGAGCACGAUCGUAUGGAUCGAUAUCCGAAGGACUUGCCUGUAGAUGUAAACGCCCCAUCCUGGGUGACUAUGCUUGAUCUUCACCACAAAGGCAAAACCUACUGGGAUCGACAGCUACCUUUGAUCAAUAUUUUGUCGGUGACUGGUACGAAACCUUUCACACCACUAACUGUUCGGGAUGACAAGGGAAAGCCCCGGACCAAGACUUCUUGGUAUCAGCAGCUCACUGUAUCCAAUUCAAUCCAGCUUGUGGCUAUUACAGGUGCAUCCCUCGAGUCCGAUUCCAGGCCACUUCAAAAGGAAAUUAUGCAGAAAGUUCAAGUACUGUAUCAGUCUUUAGCCCCAGAGUCUGCGCGUAUGCAUGUACGCGCUUCCCCGGUUUCAGAAUUGUCAUUCAACGAGUCAAGUAGGUUGGUUUUGGAAAGCUUUGUUGGGAAAGAAAAGAGAGCCCUGUGUCUGGCCUCCGUAUCCAAUAUGCAUCACUACACAAGCUCAGAAAUCAGACAUGGAAGUACGGGCCAGAGAGUGCAUGUACUUGUAGCACACAUUUCCAGUAUUCCUGCAACCUUGGAAUGGAUCUUUCAGCAUGGUGCCACCGCGAGCGAGGUAAAUAUUCCGAAAGUGCUGCAGUCCACCACAAUUCCUGGAACGAUUCCUUAUCGGCGUAAAGUUACACUUAGCAAAUCUGGUCGAAGAAUUGUACAGGACAUCGCUUCUCCUGCAGAGAAUGUCGGACACGUUGCGCAGCCCCCUUUUGGUAUGCCUACAAUUGACGAGAUUCGCGCUGAAGCGCUAUCAUCCCCUUUUGGCUUCUUGCCAUUCUACUCCAAAGAUAUUGGUUCUAACAAUCACACUGCGAGUUAA